AUCCUGAGCAUUCUCGCACGCUGCUUCUGAACAUCUUCCAAGUUUCAACUUUCCAACUAUCCUGAGAGAGUCGAGGUAAGUCUGUGAACAACCGAGUUGUCCCUCUCAAUCCAAUCCCCAUGGCGUCCACAAUUCUGAAGCGGACAAGCUGCUCCGCCAUGAAGUCAAUGGCGGGAGGUCUCCGAAUCGGAGCGACGCCUUUUAGGGCCUUCGCGGCGAAGGUGGAGGCUGGGACUGACAUAGUCGCGGCCGCACCGGAUGUUUCUCUGCAGAAGGCUCGGAGUUGGGACGACGGCGUGGCCUCCAAGUUCUCCACUACUCCUCUCAAGGACAUUUUCAGGGAUAGAAGAGUGGUCAUCUUUGGGCUCCCUGGUGCAUACACAGGAGUUUGUUCCCAGCAGCAUGUGCCUAGUUACAAGAAUAACAUUGAUAAAUUCAGGGAUGAAAAGGUUGAUUCUGUAAUUUGUGUGGCUGUUAAUGAUCCAUAUGUGUUGAAUGCCUGGGCAGAAAAACUUGAAGCGAAAGAUGCUAUUGAAUUUUAUGGGGACUUUGAUGGAAGCUUCCAUAAGAGCUUGGGAUUGGAAAAAGAUCUAUCUGCUGCUUUGCUCGGACCCCGCUCUCACAGAUGGUCUGCAUUUGUGGUUGAUGGGAAGGUUAAGGUUCUCAACGUUGAGGAAAAUCCAUCUGACUUCAAAGUAUCUAGUGCGGAGCACAUCUUGAAGCAGAUAUGAAGCUGCUCUUUUUCUUUUUGCAAUCUGUAUGAGUGCUCAAUCUUUUGAGUAGAGUUAUUAUAUCCGGUACUCCAGCAGCACACCAGGAGGACCUGUUUAACUCAUAGGCAUAUCUGGUGUUUCAUAUGUUAAUUCCAGAGUUAUCGUGGAUGCAUUAUCUUCUCUCUUUUGUUCUUUUCUAUAGGAUCUAAAGUGGGUUCUCUUACAUUUUUCUUAGUUUUUCUCUGCAAAAAUCAAAUAAGUUUACCAGUUACGAGAACUGAAUUUUAAGCCUGCAGCAUGUAACUGAUUCUUGUUGUGACUUUGGUUUGAUAUAUACAUUUGGUUUGCAAUGA